CAAGUAGUCGCACAAUACACAGCUAAGUAAAACAUUUCCCUCUGAAACAACUUAUUUCCAAUCUAGCUCAAAAAUGCCUAUGCCCACCAGAAUGGUCUCAUACUUGUUUAAUAUGAAAUCUAGUAAUUUGUCAGUGAUUCUCGAAGAUGAUGAAUUCGAGCAACUGGAGGAAAGUGAUGGGCAAAAGAGUGGCUACAGCCUAACCACUAAUUUAACGCGGGCUCAAAGUUUAAUAUUGGACUACAAGCAGUUCAAGGCCGCUCGCACAAUUCAGCGCUAUUUUCGCGGUUGGAUGGUUCGCAAUCGUCAGCGAAAACUCAAGGAGUCGGCGAUCGUAAUUCAGAAAUGGUGGCGCCGCUUCCACGCCCAGAGAAAUUUGCUCUUUGUGGCCGAAAGGGCAUUGCAGUCGGCCAUUAUGGAGCAUUACCAUAGGUCUGCCGUCCUGAUUCAGACCCUCUAUCGCGGCUGGUGGUCCCGAAACCACAUCUUCGAUCUGACCGUUCUCAAGAGCCUGCAGAUCUCCUUGGCCAAGGACCUUAUCCACACCUUGUCCAAGUACUUGCACUCUACCAAGAAUUCUGAACUGCUGCCGGGGGUUUACUCCAUUCGAGAUUCGCGCAUUUGCUUGAAAACACUGGAACAGCUGAUGGCUACGUUUGGAUAUCGCUAUUACAAUGCCCAGGCUUCCUACAAAAUGAGCAAAUCAUUGGAGAAGGUGGCUCAGGGACGAAUAGCCUUUAGGGCCGCUAAAUAUCUAACUGAUAUACCAUAUGCUGGCUUUAAUGAUCGCGGCUUUUGUGAAAUUAAACACUAUUCUGCCACACACCUAAGUACAAAAGAAACUGAACAUUUUGAGUUGAUUCGCACAUUUCUAGAAGGUUCUCGAAAAAUGAAUAUGCAAAUCACGGCUCAGAUUGAACAAAAAGCCAUCAUGUUGGCUGAAGAAAAUCGUUUGAAAAAAUUGAGAGAGAAGGACAACCAGAAAAAGAGCUUUGUCAAGCGCAUUUUCCUUGAAAUGAAAAACUGGCACCAUCCAAAUGGGGAGCCAAUUAUUUGUAGCCGCAUUUUCAAAAAUACUGAAAUGAUUGCCGUUUUGGAUAAUGCUAAGAAGACCCUGGAAUCGGUUUUUGGCCAACUGGAGCCAUGUGUUUGUCCCACAGCCGAGGACAUAUCCUACCUCACGAACUCUUAACGUGUUAUUCUCAACUUUGUAUAUUUUCUAUGUCUAAAAGAUUUAAUUGUAUCGCUGGGCAAGACUAAGAUAACCCCAUAAUAAACGAACAAUUAAAUUAAGCUAA